AUGGCAUAUAGUACUAUUUUCUCAGAGCGUUCGAAAAACGGUGUGCAAACAUGUCCGGAAGGCUACGUCAUCCACAACAACACAGGAGAAUCCCCGCGGUUUGAACAGAAGUGGUUCGAGCGAGACUCAUCAAGGAAGCUAGAGACAGCCAACAAAUCCGGAAUAGAGUUUGGGACCUCAGAACACUCGGAAGCUAUACAGAGCUUGCGAAAGCGGUGUGUUGAUCAUAUACGCCAAAACGCGGAUGAUUUUCAUAUCAUUAUAUUAUCCGAAGUAUGUGAACUACAGCAGCUAUCCCAGCAUGAAUUACAUUCCGAUGUCCAGAAAGCUCUGAUAGAUGAAUACGUUACUAAUCUGCAGGUGAACCGUACAUGGUGUGGCGCUGAAACGAUCAUCUCUGUUUCUCAAAUAUUUGAUGUGAACAUAACAGUUCACACUGAAAAUGCACCCCCACUAAAUUUUGAAUCACCUAAUGGAGGUAGUAUGAAUAUAAAUUUAUACUUCAGUGGCCAUCCGACUAAAAACCAUUACGAUGUAGUUAUGAGAGUAUCGGAGGACCUCAGGCAAAUGACUGGACAAGAUACAAGAGCUACGGGCAACAGUUUUUCUAACAUGACAAAACCGAUUCAGUUCCCAGUUAAUAGUCGAGCGAUUAUCAACCUCAACGACACCAACACAAAUGAAAGGAUGGAGUCUCAGGCUGUAGACUCGAAUAAUCACACAAUACUUGACGCUGUAUUAUCAUGCCUGAUAGAAGCAGACCCCAUGAGUUGGCCAUAUAAAAUGAAUGUUCUGAACCUUAAAAAGGCAAUGAUUAACGAAAUUGACAGCAAAUUACAUCAUUACAAAGAGAAGCUUUGUUUAACUGAGGACCAGCUGAAGAACAUGCUCACCCACUGGGAUGUGGUAGAACAAGAUAUCGAUGUUGCAGCUUGUUACGCUAUCGCAAACCUGAUAAAAAGGGACAUUGUAGUGUUUGAAAAGGACACGACCCAACUAUUUCAAGGAAUAAACAGCGCUACAUAUAAGCAAAUCCACUUUGAACGUAGGGGUGGUGCUUUCUUCUCCAAACCUCUCUCAUAUAGUAACUCAGUCUUCGCCAUGAAUGUCAGAGAGAAUUCCCCAAGUCAAAUGUAUGACACAACUACGUUGGAUAUGGAGGACAGCUUCACGCCAGGAAUGGUUACGAGUACCAACAACCUCUCAUAUUCUCACAACUCCGAUAAACUCACGAUAGCUUCUAUCAACGUACGAGGAUGUUCAACGAGUGAAAAACGGAAUGCCGUGGACACUGAGUUACGUAAGAGAAACAUUGACAUCUGCGCGAUACAAGAAACUAGAACUGUCUGGGCAUCGGCAAUUACGGAAAACUACAAUUGGCACUUCAGUCCAACAACAUCACCAACCAGUCACAGAGAUGGUAGAAAGUCAGAUGUUUUUGCUCAGAUAACCGGAAUCAUAUCGAAGAUUCCUCAUGGUGACGAGUAUAUAAUUAUUGGAGACUUCAACGGACAUAUCGGUUCGGAAGACAUAAAAGAAGAGUUCAAACAAUUGAUUGGCAAGCAGCUACUGCACAGGACAUGCAAUAAAAACGUCUGCUUUUUAUUACAGCUGGCGACUCAAUUUGAACUGUCUAUACGAAAUACAUUUGCGAAUCAGUUCUCUAAACAUGGUCGAAUCAAAAGAUAUCGUCUCGAAUAG